UAUCUGGCAUCAAGGGGAGAGAAAAAGCUUGUUAACAAAACGAAACCGAAAAAAAAAAAGGAAAAAAUCCCACCCUCAUAAAACAAACCAAAAGCCCCUCAAGCCCCCACUAUUCAUUUCCUAUUUUCAGAGACGUAUACACAAACACCUGUACCAAAAUUAAAAUCAAGUUUGUUUCCACUUUCCUCUAAACGAUCUUUUUAUUUGAUGAAAUAGGCCAAAAAGCAAAAUGGCAUUUCGUUCGUACUGAGGAAAAAAAAAAAAAAAAAAAAAAGAGUAAAAAGCCCAUUUUCGCACAAGAAUUCCCCUUGCUCUGCUGCGCUGCUUAUUCAGAUUCAGGUACAGUUUCUUAUCAUCAUCAUCAUAUACACACACAUAUUCCGUAUAUAGACAUAUAUGUCUAUGCAGCUAGCACAUUAGCACAGCUCAGCAAUACAAACCCACUUCUUCCAUUUGUCUCUUCCUUUCUAUGAGACUUUAUGCUCUUCCCUCUUAUGCUUUUCCCUCUCACUCCUCCCAUUAUUCUCCUUCUUUUUCAUCUUCUUCAAGUCUUUGUAAAGUCCAUUUCUCAUUAUCUUUUCUCACGGCCACCAAUCUUACUGGCUCUAAAGCCAGAUGGGUUCGCAUGGACUCCACUAAUCCUUCUAUCUCCGCUAGCCGCCAUAACCGCCGCAAAGAGAAGCUCCUUGUCAUCAUGGGUGCCACCGGAACCGGAAAGUCCCGUCUCUCCGUCGACCUCGCCACCCGUUUCCUUUCGUUCGAAAUCAUCAACUCCGACAAAAUGCAAGUCUACAAAGGCCUCGACAUCACCACGAACAAGAUUGGUUUACACGAGAGAGCUGGUGUGCCCCACCACCUGCUCGGCGACAUCGACCCGACCCACCGAGGUGAGUUAUCUCCGUUGGAAUUCCGCUCAGUGGCCGGGGAGACGAUAUCGGACAUCGUUUCCCGGCGGAAGCUGCCGGUGCUCGUUGGUGGGUCGAACUCGUUCAUUCAUGCGCUGGUGGUGGACCGCUUCGAUCCCAACUCGGAUGUAUUCGACGGGUCGGUUUCCGUUUCGGUCUCGUCGUCCGAGUUGAGGUAUAACUGUUGCUUCCUCUGGGUCGACGUUUCGAUGAAGGUCUUAUCGGACUAUUUAUCGGACCGGGUCGACGAUAUGCUUGAUUCGGGAAUGUUCGAAGAGCUGGCCGAGUUUUACGACCCGGAAGAGGACCAUUCGGAUGCGGGUCGGACCGGGUUGAGGAAGGCGAUAGGCGUGCCGGAGUUCGACCGGUAUUUUGAAAAGUACUACGGAAGAGAGGUGGAGGGUGAGAGAGAUAGGAUGCGGAGGGAAGCAUACGAAGAGGCGGUGAGGUCGAUCAAAGAGAACACGCAUCAGCUGGCGAAGAGACAGGUAGGGAAGAUCCUACGGCUGAGAGAGGGAGGGUGGGACCUACAGAGAGUGGACGCGACGGAGGCUUUUAGAGCGGUGCUGACGUCAUCGGGGAGGUGGUCGGAAAUCUGGGAAAAGCAGGUUAUGGAACCAAGCGUGAAGAUUGUGAAGCGCUUCUUGGAAGAGUAGGUUUUUUUUUUCCAGCUAAUUUUUAGGCUUUUUUUUUUUCCAGCUAAUUUUUCUUUCCCCUUAAAUUUUUUUUUUUUUUUUCCAGUUUGUUAAAACAAUUUUGGGGGUUAGGUUUUCCGCAUGAAAUUUAUUUCUUUUUUCUUUUUCUUUUUUUUUUAAAUUUUUUAUUAAGAGCUAUACAUGCAUUAGAAAUCUUGACUAGAACUGGGUUUGAUUUGUAGCAUUGGAGAUUUGGGGGAGACUGACCUAAAGACAAAUGAGGAAAAAAAAAAAAAAAAAAAAAUCAAUAUACCAAAUGCGAGAAAGAAAUUAAUAUAGAAUUUUGAAAGUUUUCGGUUCUCAAUUUUUUGUUGUAAAGUGUGUGAAAAGAGUAAGCAAAUCACACAGAGAAGAGUGGUACUCCUCUGAAGCACUCUUUUCUGAGUUACUUUUGGUUUUUUUUUUUUUUUUUUUCCCUCACUCUCUCUCUCUCUCUCUCUCUCUCUCUCUCUCUCUUUGUAUUGUUGUUGGUGUCAAUGUCAAAGCCAAAUGUAUGCUUACAAAAUUGGCCUUUUUGGUUAUGGUUCUGGUUUGGUUUUGCAGCCUUACACCUUAUGGUGAUUAAAUCAUUUAUGGGUCUUUGAGAUUCACUGCCUUUCUUUUUGGGGUAGGGGAGUGUCGUAAAUCUUUCCUUUGGGUUCAACAAUUUUGUCCUCACAAAAGCCUUAAUUUUCUUUUCUUUUUCUUUCAAUUUGAUC